CGUUCCUCCCGUCGAUGCUAAUCCCUAUUUGGUCCUUAGUCCUCGGUGAUUUCGUUCUGUUCGGUCUUCGCUCACGGCGCGGGGCGAGGAAGGUUCUGCUGGAAGGCGGCGAGGUUACACGCUUGUGUUCUCCUGUUUGUAGUCUUACCUGAUACAUGGAGCAAGUGCGCUUUUGGUUAAGCUACUUUAACUGCCGAGUCUUGUUUCUUGAUGGAGCUAUUGAUUGGCGGCUCUCUGUUCAUGGAGAUUUCCUUCUCACCUCCUUUGUCAACUGCACUUAGAGGCCAACUGCUUUCUACAUCCAAAGGCGGCCAUGCAGCUUUUUUGUGAAGUUGGUGUAGUGUUUCUAGUGCAGCCUUUUGACUUGAUUUCUCGCAUCUUCGUGUGUGCAACAUACUUUUGCUAUCAACAGCUUUGACAUUUCCAUAUGGCAUUAAGUUGCCAAUGCAGCUUUCUGUUAGAGCUUAUGUGGAAAUCUCAUGAUCCUGUUGGUCAAAAAUAACAGGCUGGCGUCAUUUCUCCUGGCUCUAUUCUUUCUCCAUACUGUUCCAGCUGUUGGAUUCUCAUUGUUUCAGUUCCAUUGGAGGUUUUAUGCAUCUUCCUCAUAGAGUCAAUAAAUCGGUCACAAGUUGGUUAGGUAGCUCCACAGGUCUUGCCUGACUGUUGCACUUCUCCACUGUGUUGGCUGAUAUCAUCCCACAACACUUUGUUGUUGCUUUACUCUACUACACUGGCAAAGUAGAUGAUUGUCUGAGAACUAUACCCAGCAAGCUUUUGUAAGAUAGUUGGAUCUUAUCCAUCAGAAUGAUAUUGUCCUCUCUCACUUUGUUCCAAGUUUUCCCAAGUAUUUCUUUGUUCUCGGUUCUUCUUUUCAAGCACACGGCUUUAGUUAGGUGGCAUAUGCUUUGUGCAUAGGCAAACCUUCUCUUGAAUAGGACAAUAGUGAGCAUACAUUCAGCAAAACAUGGAAAGGUACAUGGUAAUCAAGGAGGUUGGAGAUGGAACUUUUGGGACUGUAUGGCGAGCAAUAAACAAACAAAGUGGUGAAGUGGUUGCUAUUAAGCAAAUGAAAAGGAAGUACUACUCUUGGGAGGAGUGUUUGAAUCUCCGAGAAGUGAAGUGUCUGCGGAGACUGAACCAUCCAAAUAUUAUCAAACUUAAGGAAGUCAUUAGAGAGAAUGAUGUGUUAUACCUGGUGUUCGAGUACAUGGAAUGCAAUCUUUACCAGCUUAUGAAAGAUAGGAACAAGCCUUUUACAGAGGAUGAAAUUCGGGACUGGUGCUUUCAGAUAUUCCGAGCACUGGCUUAUAUGCACCACCGUGGUUAUUUUCAUCGUGAUCUUAAGCCUGAGAACUUACUGGUAACAAAGAAUGUUCUAAAGAUAGCAGAUUUUGGCCUUGCUCGUGAAGCCUUGUCGAAGCCACCAUUCACAGAAUAUGUCUCCACGCGGUGGUACCGUGCUCCAGAAAUUUUGCUUCAAUCUUCUGUUUAUGAUUCUGCUGUUGAUAUGUGGGCAAUGGGAGCUAUCAUGGCUGAGCUUUUUACACUACGUCCCCUUUUUCCUGGAUCAAGUGAAGCAGAUGAGAUAUACAAGAUUUGCAGCAUUCUUGGACCACCAAAUCAGAAUUCUUGGGCUCAAGGGAUGCAACUUGCAGAUGCUAUGAAAUUUCAAUUUCCACAGCUUGCCAGUGUCUCCCUUUCUUUGCUAAUUCCUUCAGCCAGCAGGGAUGCAAUCGACCUUAUCUCGUCACUUUGUUCCUGGGACUCCAUCCGAAGGCCCACAGCAGCAAAGGUUCUUCAGCAUUCUUUCUUUCAGCCUUGUUUCUACAUCCCACCGUCCCCUCGUUUAAGAUCAGAGGGAGUGCAGAAGACACCAUCAUCUGUUGGCACGAGAGGAGCUUUGGCAUCGGAUACUGCUAGAAGAAAUUCUGUUGGAGUUUUAUCCAAUACAAGGCCGGUAUACAAUUUCUCUUCCACAAGUGUAAAUGAGUCUUUCAGGAUGACAGGCAUACAAAGGAGGCUGGAGCUGGGUCAUCAGGAAUACCAGAAGGAAAGACUUGCCAGGAAUGAGGUUAAACCAUAUGUACGUCAACCAACUACAAGAGACUUCACAGGAUUACCUGGUAGAGAUUCCCAGAGGACUUGCAAUGUAGUCGAGAAACUGGGUCACUUGACUCUCAGCUCAAACAGAGGUUCGGAUAUAUGUGGCAAGCUGCCGCAGCUGAAACCACAGCUAGGGAGGCAGCCUCCUCCUGCCAUGAAAGCUGGAGCAUGGCACGGCCAUUCUGCCUUUCCUGGCCGACCUCAUGACAUCCCAUCGGCCCCUGGCUACUAUACAAGAAAGGUGGCAGGCUAAAAUAAGGUUAUCGCCAAGAAAAAGUAGAGAACCGUGUUGCCUGUAUUUUGGGAUCAUGUGUUGGAUUUGCUCAUGUUUUGUGCCUAUCUUUGGUGAAUAAUGUCGCAUCGUAAGACGAUCAUACUAUGUCGUUCAAGUUGGAUAUUUUCAGGGUGUUACUUGUGCUAUCAAUCUUAGUAAUCAAAGGACUCGCUAUUAUUGGGUUG